AUGAGAGGUCUGAAAGACGAUGAAUGCAGAACAAAAUUUCCGCUAACGUGUGACUAUUCAUGUUGGAGUACGGACCAGGAAAAAACUUUGCGAUGCGAAUUCCUUCACAAAGUGGAUCCAGGAUGCUGCAAGGGAAACAUAAAGGGGAAAGGGGAUAAAGAGUGGACAUCAAGAGCGAAGGAGUUUGAAAAAGCGUGGAAGGACAAGAACCCGCGAAAAGCUUAUGCUUUAUUGAAGCAGUAUAGCGGCAAGAUGAAGAGAUGUAAUUCAGUUCUCAACACUUCCAAUAGAGCUCCUGUUGGUGAAGCAAUCUUUGCAAUUUGGAGGGACCACUUCAAGACCUUGCUAAACCGGCAAGCGCCGUCAGCUCCUGAGCUCGGCCACCUUCAUGGACCGACAUUUGCGGUUAACGAGGAACCAACGACCGAGUCAGAGGCUCUAGUCUGCGUCCAAAAGAUGAGAAGUGGAAAAUCUGGUUGA